AUGAAGGUUUCCAAGCACACGAUUGUUGCCGGCGAAGCCGGCAGCGUUGAGCUAAGACCGGUUGAUCCAGAAGAUCUGUAUGACGUUUACAAACUGAUUUCUCCGGGAGACACAGUUAGGGCUACAACUGUAAGGAAAGUGAAAAGAGAGUCUAGCGGAAGGGACUCUACUUCAGACCGUGUUAAGUUCAAUAUGGAAAUCAAAGUCGAGAAGAAAUAUGAUUAUGACAGCAGAAGCGACCUUAUUCAGAUUUCAGGAAAGAAUGUCACUCUCAAUGAACAUGUAAGGUUAGGAGCAUAUCAUACUUUGGACCUUGCACUCGAUCGACCUUUUGUGUUGACAAAGGAUGUUUGGGACUCAUUGGCCUUGGAGGAUCUCAAACAGGCCUCCGAUCCCGGGGAUAGCGCUGAUGAUCUAGCUGUGGUGUUGAUGGGAGAAGGACUAGCACAUAUUAUGAAAGUUGGUAAAAGAGCCACAGUUACUCGUGCACGAGUUGAGACUUCAAUUCCUCGCAAGCAUGGACCUUCGGUUAAGGGUUAUGAAUCGGCUUUGAUUGGAUUUUUCGAGAGGGCUAUGAAGGCUUUCUUGCAGCAUGUCGAUUUAAGCGUUGUUGGAUGUGUUGUGAUUGCUAGUCCAGGUUUCACCAAGGAUCAGUUUCAUAAACACUUGCUGUUGGAAGCAGAAAGAAAGCAGCUGAGGCCUAUUAUAGAGAACAAAUCCAAGAUAAUUCUUGUGCAUUCUAGCUCGGGUUACAAGCAUAGUUUGAGGGAGGUUCUUGAUGAUGAGAAAGUUAUGAGUAAGAUAAGAGAUACUAAAGCAGCAAAAGAGGUCCGAGCUCUCCAAGAUUUUUUCAGUAUGAUGUCCGAGGAACCAGAACGUGCGUGCUAUGGACCGAAGCAUGUUGAGGUUGCUCAUCAUGAAUAUACAGCUGUGCAAACCUUACUGAUAACAGAUGAACUCUUCAGGAGUCAGAGGCAAAAAUAUGAUGAUUUUGUGAAAUCAGUCAAGGACUCGAAGGGCAUUGUUCAUGUAUUUUCUUCCUUGCACGUUUCAGGAGAACAACUAGCGCAAAUUUCAGGCAUUGCUGCAAUCCUUCGUGUCCCUCUACCCGAAUUAGAUGAUAUAGAGAUGUAA